UGGUAAUGGCGACGGGUUUGGUAAGUAGGAAAGUUUCGGUUGAAGAGUAAGAGCGGCGGCGAGAGCAGUAACCCGUGCCGGGGAGGCCGGCGUCAGUCGGAAAGCGGGUACGCGAGCUGCUGGAGGUGUUGUCGCGACCAGGGCCGCUCGCUCGGGGGCUGACCGCACUCCGCGGCGGUCGGAGCACCAUAACAUGGUGUGGGAAGUGAAGACAAAUCAGAUGCCUAAUGCAGUACAGAAACUCCUGCUGGUAAUGGACAAGAGAGCAUCAGGAAUGAAUGACUCACUGGAGUUGCUGCAGUGUAAUGAAAAUUUGCCGUCCUCACCUGGCUAUAACUCUUGUGAUGAGCACAUGGAGCUUGAUGACCUUCCUGAACUUCAGGCUGUGCAAAGUGACCCCACCCAAUCUGCCAUAUACCAGCUAAGUUCAGAUGUUUCACAUCAAGAGUAUCCAAGAUCGUCUUGGAACCAAAAUACCUCAGACAUAACAGAAAAUACUUACCGUGAAAAUGAGGUGGAUUGGCUAACAGAAUUAGCAAAUAUUGCCACCAGUCCACAAAGUCCACUUAUGCAGUGCUCAUUUUACAACAGAUCAUCUCCUGUCCACAUCAUAGCUACUAGCAAAAGCUUACAUUCCUAUGCACGCCCUCCACCAGUGUCGUCCUCUUCUAAGAGCGAGCCAGCCUUCCCUCAUCACUGGAAGGAGGAAACACCAGUCCGACAUGAAAGGGCAAAUAGUGAGUCAGAAUCUGGCAUUUUCUGCAUGUCCUCCCUCUCAGAUGAUGAUGAUUUGGGAUGGUGCAAUUCCUGGCCUUCAACUGCUUGGCACUGUUUUUUGAAAGGCACACGCCUGUGCUUUCAUAAGGGAAGCAAGAAGGAGUGGCAGGAUGCUGAGGACUUUGCUCGAGCUGAAGCCCGUGGCAGUGAGGACCGCCUCCAGAUGGGCGCGCACAAGGGCUAUGGUUCUGAUGGUCUAAAACUGUUAUCACAUGAAGAAAGUAUAUCCUUUGGGGAGUCUGUACUGAAGCUGACUUUUGAUCCUGGUACAGUGGAAGAUGGUUUGCUAACUGUAGAGUGUAAACUGGAUCACCCUUUCUAUGUUAAAAAUAAAGGUUGGUCGUCGUUUUAUCCAAGCUUGACCGUGGUACAGCAUGGCAUUCCGUGUUGUGAGAUUCACAUUGGUGAUGUAUGUCUACCUCCUGGACACCCCGAUGCCAUUAAUUUUGAUGAUUCAGGUGUUUUUGAUACAUUUAAAAGCUAUGACUUCACGCCUAUGGAUUCUUCUGCAGUCUACGUGCUAAGUAGUAUGGCUCGUCAGCGCCGUGCGUCUCUGUCGUGUGGAGGACCCGGCAGUCAAGACUUUGCAAGAUCUGGAUUCAGUAAAAACUGUGGCUCCCCUGGACCAUCACAGCUCUCAUCCAAUUCUCUGUAUGCGAAAGCCGUCAAAACCCACAGCUCAGGGACUGUGAGUGCCACUUCUCCUAACAAGUGCAAAAGACCAAUGAAUGCCUUCAUGCUUUUUGCCAAAAAAUACAGAGUUGAAUAUACUCAGAUGUAUCCAGGGAAAGAUAACAGAGCCAUAAGUGUGAUCCUUGGUGACAGGUGGAAGAAAAUGAAGAAUGAAGAGAGGAGGAUGUAUACAUUAGAAGCAAAGGCUUUGGCUGAAGAACAGAAACGUUUAAAUCCUGACUGUUGGAAAAGGAAAAGAACCAAUUCAGGCUCACAACAGCAUUGAACCAGGAUGCUGACGGGAAGUCUGCAUUUGCAUAGACACUGACGGGGGGGUGGAAAGACCUAAGAAGAUCAAGGUCUCACCAUUUGUCCUGAAUUCGUGUGACCAUAAGAUACUGAUAGCCUUGAGUCUCGAAAUGAUUUAAUAAUAAGAGUGAGGAUGUGCUUUCUCCAUUAGAGCAUUAAGUAAGCUAAAACUAUCAACAUUGUAAACCAAAUUGCCUUAUUUUUCUUCCAAACUUCAUAUAUGUCUAUCAGGUAAUAUAGGCUUGAAAAUUGAUAUCCUGUGGUGCUAAAGUACAGUAGAAAGCGGAGAAGUGUAUACAUGUUUUAUUUUAAAUUGUACAAAAGGGGAAUUUAAAAAUAUGUAACUGCUGUUCAUACAUCGGCUCCUUACUGCUUAUUAAUCUGUAUUGUACACAUGAUGGAAUGAAACAGAAGCUGGGGUUGGCCUUUCCUUGAGCAACCAUCACAUGGCUCAGCAUCUGUGCCAAACACAGGCGCUCCUUCUGGCCAGUGCCAAGGGCUGCCGGAACCUUGGCGGGUGGCUGGUGUCAGCGUCCAGCAGGAGAGCCACCUGCUGCAGUUACCCAGGCAUGCUGACUUCAUGCACCAGGUGGCAGCACCACCCACCGUCCAGUGGAGACGCGGCCCAGGCCACCAGUUCAUGGCCCUGGGACGCAGUCGCCGACAGGGUGCUGUUAACAGUUGACACCAUUGUAUUUUUAAACUGUGUUCUGUAUCUCCUCAGCCACAUAGCCUAAGUAUCUUAUUUUGUCAUCGUAUCUUUAUGGUGGGGGCAGACUUUGCACUUACUGCAGUGCAACACUCGCACUUUACUUUUCCUCCAACUGUCAAAAAUUAGAGCAAAUACAUUGGCAAUACAGCUGCUUUUGCUCUGAGCUACAAUCAUGGCUUUUCAUGUUACUUAACCACAUGGUAUUUCUGGUUAGGAAUCACAGCUGUAAAAUUGAUUUCAGUUCAUCACACUUCUUCAUGAUGUUGCCCCUAAAUUUUGCACACUAUAUUCUUGUAUAUUAUUUCAAAUAAAAUGAAAAAAAUUGUUUAUCUUUGA